UAACUGUAACUGUCCACCAAGCAAAAACAAAACAAAAUUUAGUAAUUUAUUUUUAUUUCAUCUUUCAUAAUUGAGGAAACAUGAAUCGAUUUUAUCUUUUUCGAUUUAAUUCUUUAUGACAGUUGUUUGCAGUUUUUAAAGUGAUACUAGAAAAAUUACAUUUUGUAGUAUAAUCAUGGCAAAGUCUAGUGUUCGAGAAAAGCUGGAAGAGUAUUUCUCUUCUAUGACUCCAACAUCAAGCCGAUUCAUGGCAGAUAUUAAAAAUUUGAAACAAGGAUUUAAUUGUAAUUGGGAGGAAUUAAAUCAUGAGCAGCAAAAUGAUAUGCUAUGGAACGCAAUUGUAAAACCUGAAGCCAUUAAAAUGUAUCAAGAUAUACCAGAAAAUUCCUUAAACGUAGAGUAUUUUCCGGUGCUUCGGAUACGUCCUGGUGCAAAAAUUAUAGUUGAAGACGAUAACGUUUCUACGAAAUCUUUUGGUAACUCAUGGAGAGAUGAACAUUCUUCCCCUUUUUGCUGGGAAACAAUGAGUCAACUUGGUUUAGACGACGAUGAAACUGAAGAACAAAUCGAGCAAACUGCUGAGAAAACUGCGGAAGUGAGUGAUGCCUCCUGCAUACCUACAUCCACCGAAAAUCAAGAGACAGAUAAAGAAGCAACUCCCAAGAAAACUGAACCCAAAAAAGAAGAGGAAGUGAAAAAAUCAACGAUUAAAAGACCCGAAGUACCUCCACCUCCUGUACCUCCGCAUGCUAGUCCUCCUGUACCACCUCAUGUCACACCUUCACCUCCCCCUCCUCAGAAUGAAACACCAAUCUAUGCUAAAGUUAUGAAACGUAAAUCAUUACCUAAGACUCUGGGUAGUACAGAGCUUAAAGCUCUCAGGAAACAAAGGGAUGAAGCUAAGCCUGCUGUUCCUCCUCGUAUGUCUCUUGAAUUGAAAGGAUCAAUAGAUGUGACAAAGUAUAAGACAUUACCCAUAGAUAUUGAUGAUUUUAUUCCUAAAACUGGAUUUGACUUUCUGGAUAAUUGGUAAUACAACCUGAGUAAUAACUUUACAGUCUUUACUUCUAUUUGAAUCAUCAAUAUUUGUACAUUUGUAAGUUUGUUUUAUUUUCCUAUUUAUUUUCAUUUUAUCUGUAGAUGAGAGAAACAUUUAUGUUUGUAUAUAAUCUUUGUGUAGCUAAAAUUUGUGAUUUUUUUACCUUUAGCUCAAUAAAUGUUUAUUGACUUAAA